AUGAUAGCAACUACAAAAUACCACCGCAUAUCAAAAAACCUUGAAUCCCUCCCCUGCGAACUCCACGAAGAUAUCCUUAUCCACCUCCAAUUCCACCAACUCAUCCGCCUCUCCUCUUGCGCAGGCCCCCGCUUAAUCUGGUCCCUCCAACACAGUCUUUCCUCCUGGCACCGCUACUUCUCCUCCCCUGCCGCCAUCACCUCGCUGCAAGAACUCCUGGCUAUAACCGACACAGUAGCCAAACACGGCUUCCCGCCCUCGCGCAAACACGUCGAUGCCACCACAAUCUACGAACAAGAGUGGAGUCUCCGCUUCCUGAAGUACAAAGCUUCAGAAUGGGGAUCUGACUACAGCGUCGUCGAGUUGCGGAAUUUGCAGACGACCGAGGCGCUGACGAAACAUUGGCUUAACCACCUAUCCCGCAUGGUGACUUCGGUACUCGGACCCAUUGUUCCAAAUGACCCUUCAUUCCCGCAACUCCCUGCUUCGUUCCCGACACCCGCGUCGCUCGUCUCGUUUCUGGCAUCCUACCAGCGCGCCCGCGAGGCAAAUGCAGAAGCGCUAGCGCGGCAACUCGAGCAUCUGGCGUUGCUGUACGAAGCGCAUCCUACGCGGUUCAAGAUGCCGUUUGACCCGCGGUCGAGCCCGCCGAGUACGCUGAAUGCGACGCAUAUACCCAGUACAAUGCGGUCGCAGGCGAGGCGGAUUGUAAAUGUGGCGAGGGCGGGCAAGUGGCGGCGGCACAAGAGGUUUUUGCAUCGCUUUGCGUGGCCGGGGCUUGUGCCGUACGAGUCUUGUGUGCAGUUGUUUAAUGGGUUUGUGCUGCGAACGGGAUUGCUGAAAGGAGGAAAGGUGGAGGGUGCGGGGGAGUUGAUGGAGGAGUGUAGGAGCGUUAUUGAGGGUAGGCCGGUGUGGGCUGGUGAUGUGAGAAAGGGUAAAGAGGUAGAAGGGAAGAGUGAGGGGGACGCGAUUGAAGAGUUGUCAAGUAUGAUGGAGCGACAGAAUCUAGGCGCUGACGUUACGCCGAUUCGUAUUCAGGUUUAUAUCGAAGAUGCGAAGGAGGAUAUUCGCAAGGUGCUGGUUGUGCCUCGUGCAGAGAUGGAGUUACAGUGGCUGGAAAGGUUUGCGCAAGUGACGGCAUCUUUGGAGCAGGCGUAUCCUGACCUGGAAAAAGAUAGCUUAGGGCCUGUUCCAGCGUGA